AUGGAUCGUGUCUACCCGCUCUAUCCCGUUGUCAACCGCCAGGAAUUUAUCCUGCAGUACGAGAAAGGCGAACUGCCUUUGAUCCUUACCUAUGCCGUUUGCUUCAUUGCAGUUACAUUUGCUCCGCAGUCAAUACUGAGCCUUAUUGGCUUCCAAUACCGUCCGGAAGCGCGUUCAUUCUUCUACAAAAAGGCCAAAGCCCUUUUCGACAUGGGGCAUGAGAAAAAUAAGAUAACCGUCGUCCAGAGCACCUUCUUCCUAUCAUUCUAUGGCGGCGGCCCUAAUACCUACUGGAACUUUUACUCAUGGGUUAGUACAGCAGUGACAAUUGCCGAAGCAAUAGGAAUCCACCGCUCCACCAUUGCAAUACCCAACAUGCCAUUACAAGACAAAAGCCUGAUGCGGAGGAUAUGGUGGGCCUUAGUCAACCGCGAUAGUAUCUGCGGGACACUGGUUGGGCGGCCUUUCCGGAUUGACCUGGACCAGGCCGACGCAGACAUGUUGACCAUCGAAGAUUUCGCACACGACACGGCUGCCCCAGAUUUCGCCGACAACUCCUCCGCCCAGCGCUACGCACAGUACCAGAUCCAGACGGCGAAGCUCUCGCUUCUUAUGCGGGAGAUUAUAAUCAGCCGCUUCUACCCAGGCCGCUCGCCCACGCGGUCCGAAGAACUCUACUCUAAAUUACUUCGCUGGAAAGCACAACUUGCACCCACGCUAACCUGGGAUGACGAGGCGCCUGACCUCUCGAACCCCUUCUCCAUGUCCCUUUCCGUCCAAUACAACCACCACCUCAUCCUCCUGUAUCUCGGGCACCCGCGCGGCGAAGACCCACGCACCCUCGACGCACAGUGGACCGGCGAGAUCGUCGACACCGCCGCGCACCAUAUUCCAACCGUCGCGCUCGCCACAAAGUCCGCUCUCCUCACUGUCCCCAACGAACUCUACCACGGCAUUUUCCUCGCGCAAGCCGCGUUCUACGAGCGCAUGCGCAGCCCGGAUAAGUUGGUCGCAAGGCUAGGACGCACGGCGCUGAACUCGUGCCAGGUGGUGCUGCAGGCUAUCAGCGAGUUUUGGGACUGCGGGACUUUUAUCAUGCAGCUGUUUGAGAAUCUGUCGAGUCGUGCGUUGGACCAGCCGGCGUGGACUGCAGAUGGUAGUAGUAGGCAAGAGAGCGGAGGGCUGGGGACUGCUGAGGUUUCUACUGGCGUCAGCGGUACCAUGAACUCGAACACUGCGAAUGAGGUGGGCAUCUUCAACGCUUUACUGGGAGAUGAUCGAUGGCAGGGAAAUCCCAUGCUCGAGACUCUGUUUGGUCUACCGCCAGAACUCUUUUUGUCCGAAUAA